AACUAAACAUGGCGACCUCCAUGGAACUGAGAUGCUGGGGAGGUGACUGGGGAUUGCCUUCUGUUCACGCCGAAUCGCUUGUUGUUUUGGCAUACUGCAAGUUCUCGGGGGCAAAUGUCACAGUUUCUCCGAUCGAUUGGACAUGGAGAACUUUAACAGUGACAACCCCAGAGCUGGUGUGUGGAGACUCCACAGUGACAGAGCCGGCGGACAUUCUCAACUUCCUGAGGAAACAGAGGUUUAACGCUGACUAUGAGCUGACGGCCAGACAAGGUGCCGACACCAUGGCCUACGUCGCACUGGUGGAGGAGAAGUUGAGGCCGGCUUUAUUGCAUACAUUUUGGGUGGAUGCGGAAAACUAUGCUAAUCUGACGCGGCCGUGGUUCGCUUCCCGCUCGCCAUUCCCUCUUAACUUUCUGGUCCCCAGUCGCCAUGCCAACAAUGCCCUGUGCCGCAUCCUGCUGAGCAAAGUGGAGUCGCCGCUUUACUCCAUCACAGAGGUGGAGGGAAAGCUCUACAGCGAUGCUAAGGAGUGUCUGAACCUCCUCUCCCACCGUCUGGGAGGAGACCACUACUUCUUUGGAAACUCGCCGUCGAGCCUGGAUGCCUUCGUGUUUGGCUUCAUGGCUCCGCUCCACAAGGCGGCUCUGCCCAGCUGUCCCCUGCAGAGCCACCUGCGCCAGCUGGCCAACCUCACCGGCUUCAUCGACAACAUCCUCGCCGUCUACUUCAGCGGCAGCCAGCCCGGGUCUCCUGUGCCCGUGCAGGAAACGGUGGACGCCAACCUCCAAAAACUAACACAGCUCGUAAACAAAGAGUCCAACUUGAUCGAGAAGAUGGAUGACAACCUCCGCAGCAGUCCCCAGCUCAAACCACGCAGACCAGAGCCUAAGCCCUGCCUGGCCAAUGAGGGGAGCUCUACGCCCGCCUGAUCUUUGACCCUAGAAUCAAUCCUACAUGAAUGUUAGACUGAAAAAAAACCUGCACCUGACAAGAUCCUGUGAUGUAAAAUAUAUAUUUAUUUUUAAUCUGAUACAAAAAAUUCCCAAGAAUUGUAUCUUAUGUAAAAAUAUUAGAUCAGAAUGGCCAUUUGGCUGGUGUUCUGGGUGGAUUAUGUAUGUGCGCAUACCUGUUAGAUUGAGGCUUAUACAGACAUAUUACGGGAAUGCUUUCUGAUGGUUAUGCAGUAGGGAUGAUGAUCUAUUUCAGGGAUGUUGAAUAGGCUAAAUGCAUGUGAUUGAUGUGGUAAGGGAAGGAAUGAAUGCUGUGCUAUUAAAUGAGAACACUGCAGAAGGUUAAAAGGAAAACCACAGCAAAUAGAAAGCCCAGUGACGGAAAUGGUGGCAUGGGUAUUGGCCUGAACGUAGUCUCUUAAGAGGGCCAGUUAUUCUCAUUUCCAUUUUUGUUUCUUUUCUUCUGUGCAAUUAAAAUAUUCUCAAUUUGUCCAACCGAGACCCAGAUUUCUCCCGAGACAAAGGUUAUUGUUGAUUAUAUUAUCAAUCUAAUCAUUUCCUUUAUCACUGUCCUACAUUAUCAAACCUUAAAAGAUAUGGCCCACAACUGAUUAUCUGUGUGCAGAGGUUUAAAACCCUGGUUAUUUUGAAGCUAUGGAACAAAAGCUCUGUAAAUAAAGUUAGUCUUUUACAGGUUUCAUGUAUAGUAGGUAGAAAAGCAUACAUUUGGGAUUAAUCUGUGACUUGAUGGAUCCCUCUUAAUGCUUGAUACAGUUGUAAAUACUUCAAAUAAGACAAGUUAUUUGUAAAUGACUGAAAUCUGUAAUUAUUUUCUCAAACAGGGCUGAUGUGCAAAUAGCGGGGCUGUUAUCGUUUGACUUUCCUUAUGUUUUCUUGUAUGCGCUGUGGUAAGUCAAGGGCCUUACAACUGUGCUUAGCAUCUGGCAACUAUAUAUUUGUUAUUUCAAUUGUACUAUGAGUCAGACAUUUAUUUCCCUAAAGGAACACUGAAGUGCUUCAGCAGGGACAUACUGUCGACUUAUUGCCUACUUCAAUGUAUUUUGUUCUUCACAUCUUAAUGUCUCUCGCUGUGCCUGUUCAAUAGUCUCCUUGAAUGGCGUAAAUACUGCAUUUCCUUUGAGGAUGCCUCUCGACUUCCUUUGUCGCAAUUCACUCUACAAUCUCUCCCAUGCCUUGUAAAUAGAACCGUGAGAUGGAUCGAUUUGAUAUUCAGAAGUCUCAUGUUUGACCUGCGUGUGCUGUGAUGGCUUUGGUGUGUUUUCAUUUCAAGUCCUGCAGGUAAAAAAAAAAAAUUGUAUUUGGUCAAGACUGACAGAGAUCUUAAAUAAUUUUGUGAGUGCACAUUCCCUUUAACAGCAAUCUGACUUGGGGGGCAGAGUGGGGUUUGGUUAUGUAAAGGAACAUUGUGGUUCAUAAAGACAGUAUAGAUAAUAAGGGACUUAUGACUUGUCAUUAUGCAAGAAAUCCUGUGAGGUUGCUAUUCAUUGUUUUUGUCAUGACUGUCUGCUAUUUAUGUUGUACUGCUUGUUACUAUUUACUUUAAUACCAUUGGGAUAUGAAUAUAAUAAAACCAUGCAAAUGUCAAAA